UUUGUGACGUCCGCGGAAAUUCAAACAAUCAGAAAGACACAAACAGGGAAAUGGCCGACAUGGAAGUACGAGAUAGCGAUAAAAUUCACACUUUUUUUAUGACUAACGACGACUGCUUCAACCAGGCAACACUUGUCGCCUCUCAGUGGAUUCUAGACUUCCUUUUUGUAAGUUUGUGUCGUCGUUUUAAGGAAGGAAACCACGAGGCGUUCAAAGACGCCAUUUCUACUUACAAGUGCUUUUCUCAGCAGGUCUUGCUUAGGGGAGAAACGUCAGCCGAGAAAAGUAGAAUAUGUGACUUCCUCGCUGGAGUCAUGCAGGGAAAGAAGAUGGACGCACACUUUGAAGAUGAGGACAAUGUGAUGCCGCUCAUAUCUGCGACCAAAGUGUGGCUGGAACUCAAAGACGCCGUGGAAGACGACAGUUUGUUUGCAAACAUCACCGUUCUCCUGAUGAUGCAGACUGUAGCUGUGUGCUUGGAAAAGGGUAAAAAAACAUCAGCGAACUGCGCUCUCAAGUGGUUUGACGAAUAUGCUGAAUUGCCAGAGAAACUGGUAGCCAAACUUUCCGCCAUCGUUGCACGGAUGGACACUUACCAUCCAUUCUUCACCAGUUUCAGCUUCAGUCGACUACUGGAGUCGGUGCAGUCAUAUUUGGACACAUACCUGGCCAAGAAUUCGUCCGACUAUCUUCUUAAGGAAGCCAUAAAGACAAUCCAGAGUGGGGAUGCUAAGGACGCCAUGGCAACAGAGGUCAAAGCUCCCUCAAAGAAGAACACCUCAGAGCAGGAGAAGACAAACGGAAAAGAGCACCAUCUUCAGUUCGCCCUCAAGACACUGCGCGUUUGCCUUCCAAAUGUAUCAGUGCAAGAGCUACUGUCCAUAAAAUCGGUGUCCACGAGCAAGGAGGACAAAAGCAUGGAUGCUAUUGAGGACACACUGCUCUUACAGAAGGACAAAGUCAGGACAAAACGCAAACUUUUCUCCGCUACAGCAAGUGUGUGGGAGGCAGAUCCUAAAAAGAGCGUCAAACCAUUGGUGGUAAAAGAAACAAACACUCCGUUUACUAGUAAGGCAAAGAGACAGAAAUGGACCUCCGAGCUGGACAAGAAACUCAAAGAUGGCGUCAUGCGUCACGGCAGGGGAAAUUGGGCUCGGAUGUUGUUGGACGAUGACUUUAAGGGCCGCACGGGCACCAUGCUGAAGGACCGCUGGAGGGUUCUGGUAAAGGCCCAUAAAGUUGACUGAAGAUGUAUUGGAACACAGUACGUAUUGAUAAGCUUAUUUGUAGAUGUGUAUUUUUCUGUAGCACCUUAUGGCAAUUAAGUCUUUAAUUCAGCUUACAUACUCAGUUUAUACAACAGAUGAUAAAUACACAUCGAGUAUCAAAGGUUAUCUUGGCUGACAUCAUGGCCUCCUUUAACUGCAAACCGCUUCAAUCCACGGGAACAAUGCUGAUUGCAACCACGUAAUGGAUGUUAUUUUCUCUCAUCGUCAACAGCAGCAUAAUUUUUAACGAUUAUGAGUUUGCCAACUUCAGAGACUAUUCCAUGUCAGCAAGAUGUUACUUAACUAUUUGUCCCCACAAGUUUUUGGAAAGGCAAAGACCCCACUCAGUAUGUGUGCAUGUGACUUACAUGGGGCUGUCUAAAGGUUUUUACAUAAUUGAGAAGGACCUGGAAGGCUGUUUUAAUGGCAAGCAUCUUUAAGCACGGCUGCAACAGCUUUAAAGUAAAAGUUAAUUGUGUUGGAAAGGUAUGAAGAGACAUUAUGCUAUCUGUGUGUUUAAUAAUAGUACACCCAUUCAAGUAUAUUUUACUGCUGUAGUAAGUGUACCUGCCACCAGAGGGCGUCAUUUGUAAACAAACACAUGGUUUGUUUUCAUGGUGAAAUACAGAAAACAAAUGGAAAAAAUACAUUUUAAAUGAAUGAAAUAAAGCAUUUUUUAGGA